AUGCACGCCGCCCUGGCGGGGCCGUUGCUCGCCGCCCUCCUCGCCACCGCCCGCGCCCGCCCGCAGCCCCCGGACGCAGGACAGUGCCGGCCGCCCGGAUCGCAGAGGGACCUGAACUCCUUCCUGUGGACUAUUCGGCGCGACCCCCCGGCCUACCUGUUUGGCACCAUCCACGUCCCCUACACCCGCGUCUGGGACUUCAUCCCGGACAACUCCAAGGCGGCCUUCCAGGCCAGCGCCCGCGUCUACUUUGAGCUGGACCUGACAGACCCCUACACCAUCUCGGCGCUGGCCAGCUGCCAGCUGCUGCCGCACGGGGAGAACCUGCAGGACGUGCUGCCCCGUGAGCUCUACUGGCGCCUGAAGCGCCACCUGGACUACGUGAAGCUGAUGAUGCCGUCGUGGAUGACGCCCGCGCAGCGGGGCAAGGGGCUCUACGCCGACUAUCUAUUCAACGCCAUCGCGGGCAACUGGGAGCGCAAGAGGCCGGUGUGGGUGAUGCUCAUGGUGAACUCGCUCACAGAGACCGACGUGCGUUCCCGGGGCGUGCCUGUGCUUGACCUCUACCUGGCCCAGCGGGCCGAGAAGAUGAAGAAAAGCACUGGGGCCGUGGAGCGCGUGGAGGAGCAGUGUCAUCCGCUCAAUGGGCUCAACUUCUCCCAGGUGCUGUUUGCCCUGAACCAGACCCUGCUGCAGCACGAGAGUGUGCGGGCCGGGAGCUUGCAGGCACCCUACACCACCGAGGACCUCAUCAAGCACUACAACUGCGGGGACCUCAACGCCGUCAUCUUCAACCACGACACAUCCCAGCUGCCCAACUUUAUCAACACCACGCUUCCGCCGCACGAGCAGGUCACCGCCCAGGAGAUCGACAGUUACUUCCGCCAGGAACUCAUCUACAAGAGGAACGAGCGGAUGGGGAAGAGGGUCGUGACUCUUCUGCAGGAGAACGAAGACAAGAUCUGCUUCUUUGCCUUCGGAGCAGGUCACUUUCUGGGGAACAACACAGUCAUCGACGUCCUUCGGCAGGCAGGGCUGGAGGUGGAGCACACGCCCGCAGGACAGACCAUCCACAGCCCUGUUGCCCGGAGCCCGGCACCUCCACCCGAGGGGACCUCGGCGAGCCCCGCCCAGGCGACCCCAGCUGCUGCCAUCCCUGCGGUCUCCUCGGCAGCCCCCACUGCCCCACCUGAGGAGGAGGACCCAGCCCUGUCCCCGCACCUCCUGCUACCCGACAGCCUCAGCCAGCUGGAGGAGUUCGGGCGACAGAAGAAAUGGCACAAGAGGCAGAACAAACACCAGCGGCCGCGGCAGUUCAAUGACCUCUGGGUCCGCAUCGAGGACAGCACCACCGCCUCGCCACCACCACUGCCCUUCCAGACCACGCACAGCUCCGAAACAGCCAAGCCCCCCUUCCAGCUCUCCGACCCGCGCCAGCAGCAGGAAGAGCCGGGGCUGGCCAGCAGCUCAGCGCCCAGCCGCUCACAGCCUGCCCUGGGCCUCCUCCCGGCCAUCGCUGCCAGCAUCACAGCCCCCUUCCUGCUGCACACCCUCGGGCUCUCCUGA